AUGGCUCCAGUGAUUACCCAGCAAGUCGCGCCUCUGCCUCUCAUUCAUCAGCGCUCCGCACAAUCCCUACGGCCUCAUUCGAGAAGCGUUGGAGCACCCGCCGAACCAUGGAGUCCUGGAUCAUUCGAUUCACCGCAAGAUCUAAGUAGGUUCAGUACCUUGCCCGAAGUAGUCGUGGAGCAAUACCCGGUAUACAAAGAUCCCCAGUCGCCACUUGAGAAUCUACCGAUUCCGGUAUUACUGGAUCAACAGCCCACAAAGCGACCGUCAAUCGCACUGGAACCAUCAUCGUUGCCCGGAUAUCUUGAGCAAUACCGCCAAGCACCAUACCCGCCUCAAUGGAACCCACCACCCGUUGUUUCAACCCUGUAUGCUCACCAGGAAAGCAAACGACCAUCCGGAUCCAGCUGGUUGGAAACACCAGACUCGUGCGCCUGGCGAACAAUACGUCCCUCAGAGCAUGCGCAAACUCCUGUUCCACCAUCAUACUCGUUCAAGUUCAAGAGCACGAGUAGCAGCUUCCGCAGUCCCAAGUUUUCAUGGACAAUGACAUGUCCCGACGAGAACACUGAAUCGAGCAAAAAGGUUUCCAAAGCGCAUCAAGCUAUUUGGACCUAUGAUCUGAAGCUGGACCCCAGGACUAAUCUCCGCAAGUCUGAAGUCUUGAGCUAUGGAGGUCCAAAUGCCAGAUCCAUCUUGACAACCUACGUGCAUGCGCUUAAUUAUGAUUCCCUACGCUUCAUCGGCCCAGACGGAUGCGCCUACAUGUGGGUUACGAGCACCAAGGUAUCGUCCAUUCACGGCUCCAGGUAUGACACACUAAGACAUGCUCUCUUUGUUGCCAUGGGCAACAUCGCGGAUCCGCUUUAUGGCAGUAUCGUUGCAGAUCACUGCUUCUGGGACGGAUAUGGUGAUGGAAGUGGAGGGUCUUUGCCUGAUGAAUCGGUUCAUAUUCGUUCGGCAACUAUAGAUUCAGCGAUGGUUGUGGCAACAUUACAGGUGAUGAAAGAUUGGGAGAAGCAUACGCUCAGACAAGAGAAAAGGAAGAACCCCAAGGCCUUCGCAGCAGCGGAAGAGGAAGCCAGGGGUUGUGAGCUUGGAACCUUCAGCUAUUGGAAAGCUUGA